CGGGGAUCACACAUCCCACUCCUCUUUCCUUGUGCGCGUGCGACUCUGCGCCUGAAAAUGGCGCCCAAAAAGCCCGCCACAACGGCCGAAGUCGCCCUCGUGCCCCUCAAGAAUUGUCUCGUCAAUCUACCGCCGUCACUAGUCGCCUUGCUGGUCAAUGCAAAUACGACUGCUCAAAAUGUGAUCAUUGAAUUCCAAUAUAAAUCGACCGGGGAGGCCGGUGGAGCUCCCCCGCAGCGGUCAUGCUUCUUGGGAUGGACAGGCAUGCCGAGCAAGCGAAAGCUUGCGCCAGUCGUCGGAAGAGAGGGAAUCGGCAGCGGCUUUUCCAGAGAACAGGAAGUCUCUACUGUCGAGCUCGAUACCACGUUCGGGCGACUCCUCGGUCUGACCGAAGGACAAAAGGUCGGAUUGUUCAUACACCUCGAUCCCCCAGUUGCGCAUACUAUCAAUAUUGAACCAUUGACUCCGGAAGACUGGGAGAUCAUCGAACUCCAUGCCACAUUCCUGGAACUCAACCUCCUGUCGCAGAUCCGCGCCCUGCCAAAUCCUACAUACAAUGAGGCACAAACGGAGCAUAUGCACCCACUCGCAUUGCAUCUUUCGCCGACAUCCACUGCUAAUAUCAUCGUCACUUCCCUGACACCGGCUCCACCAACGGCGUCCCCAUUUGCAAAAAUUGCGUCAGAUGCCGAGGUCAUUGUCGCUCCCAAAGUCCGGUCAAAGGCAGGCAAAGGCUCACGAGCUGACAGCCGAAGUGCAGCUGGGAGCAGUAGGAGAAGUGCCGGGGGCCGAAGCACUUCGAGCACCGUGCGACCGAAAAGUAGCCGGUCCGAUUGGAGCACCCGAGGCGCAUUGUAUCUCAGGGGCCUAGACCGGCAGGCGGCCAGCCAGUGGUUUGAUGAUGAGAUGGAAGAAGACGUGAACGAAAGUCUCCGUGUUUGGGUUGACCCCGAUCUGCUGGCGACCCAUGAACUUCGAGGGGCAAGCUGGGUAUGCAUCUCGAUUGUUCAGCCAUCCGGCCUCAAACCCCCACCGGAUCCCCAACAACAAAUUGCCCAAUCAGAGCAACAAAAGUCCAGUGAUGCUGGCUCCCCAGCAACCAAGCUCGUGGCAAAACUACUUCCGUGGGAAGAUGCACCGGACAGUCGGCAUGUGGCGAUGUCCACUUUAUUGUGCACGGCCCUUGGCACCGAGAACAUGGUUGGGGGAAUCGUACGAGUCGAAGCAGCGCCUCCGCAACUGCAUCGCUCGGCUGUUAAGACGCUCAAGCUCUAUCCUUUCAUGGCAGAUGCCUCCAAGAAGAAAGAUGGGCUCAAAUUUGGUGCCGAUACUGCGGCGUCUCGGGAUGCUUUAGCAGAGCGACUCAGGCUGAUUUACGGCAGCACCGGCUCGGAUAUUGGCUUGUUCUCCGGGCCUUUGACGGAUGGAAUGGUUCUGCCCAAGUCCGAGAACCAUCCUUCGGUCUCUUCAUUCGAUGGUGCCAUCAUCCGGUUUGAUCCUCCAUUGAAAGGUGGCCCUGAUGAAGUCAAGCCGAUGUUUGGAUGGCUCCUAGGCUCCGAAGCCAAGUUGAACCUGGACGUGCAAGCCGAAAUCCCCAGACCGCUCGACACAAGCUCGUCUGCUCUGCCUACCGAUGAUCCAAUCCCAGAGGCCGUCCCUCAAAUGGUGGGAAUCGACUCAAUUAUCUCACAGUCUUUGACAAACCUGACCAAGUCAUCAUCUAUUUUGCUUACGGGUGGCCUUGGAGCUGGAAAGACCGCGCUCACCCAUCUUUUGGCUCACCGCUUGAGAAGGGAGCAUUUGUUUAAUGUGAAGUACUUUUCUUGUCGCAAGCUUGUCACAGACGAGACGCGAAUCUCCAACAUCAAAGAGGUCCUGAACCGUCUCUUUAUGUCCGCUUCUUGGUGUGCUCGUCUCGGUGGCGAGGCAGUUGUGAUUCUUGACGACCUUGAUAAGCUCUGCCCCGUCGAAACGGAACUACAAGUUGGCGGGGACAAUGGUCGCAGUCGCCAGAACAGCGAGGUUAUCUGCUCCAUGGUCCGCGAAUAUUGCUCGAUGAACUCGUCCAUCGUUCUGCUGGCUACGGCCCAAGCCAAGGAGUCCCUGAACAAUGUCAUUAUCGGCGGCCAUGUAGUCCGUGAAAUCAUCAGCAUGAAAGCCCCAGACAAAGAAGGGCGUCGAAAGGUCUUGGAGAAGCUCACCAGCCAAGACAAAGGUACUGAGUCUCUGAAUGGUCAUGUGCGGACGAUCAGCUCUUCGACACAAGACUCGUGGUUGGAUCCUUCGAAUCCUGGCAGCCGCCCAAGCUCUUCUGGUGGAGAUGGGUUCAUCCUCGACAGAGAUGUCGACUUCCUUGAAUUGGCGGGUAAGACUGAUGGGUACAUGCCCGGCGAUCUUGUGCUUCUUGUUGCUCGUGCUCGCAACGAAGCCCUCAUUCGCUCGGUACAGGAUUUAUCUGCCUCUUCGAAAAUGAUCUCUCUGGGCAACGAAGAUUUUGACAGUGCUUUGAAGGGAUUCACCCCAGCCUCCCUCCGCAAUGUCACUCUAACUUCGUCGACGACCACCUUUUCGGCAAUUGGCGGCUUGUUUGAAACCCGCAAGACCCUGCUGGAAACCCUCCAAUAUCCUACCAAGUACGCACCGAUCUUCGCACAAUGUCCGUUGCGAUUGCGGUCAGGUCUCCUUCUCUAUGGGUUUCCUGGUUGCGGCAAGACACUUCUAGCCAGUGCGGUGGCCGGUGAAUGUGGAUUGAAUUUCAUCAGCGUAAAGGGUCCCGAGAUUCUGAACAAGUAUAUCGGCGCCAGUGAAAAGAGUGUCCGGGAUCUGUUCGAGAGAGCCCAGGCUGCGCGCCCCUGCAUCCUCUUUUUCGACGAGUUUGAUAGUAUUGCGCCGAAGCGUGGCCAUGAUUCUACAGGCGUUACCGACCGAGUAGUCAACCAGCUGUUGACGCAGAUGGACGGUGCAGAGGGACUGUCGGGUGUCUAUGUACUAGCAGCCACGUCGCGGCCGGAUCUGAUUGACCCGGCCCUGCUGCGUCCCGGUCGUCUGGACAAGUCUCUGCUCUGCGACAUGCCAUCUCACGCCGACCGCACCGACAUCAUCCGCGCAGUCAGCGAGAAACUGAAAAUGAGCAACGAAGUUGCCACUCGUCUGGACGAGAUCGCCGCCCGCACCGAGGGUCUCUCUGGAGCCGACCUGCAGGCCGUGGUGUACAAUGCCCAUCUGGAGGCCGUCCACGACGCCCUAGGCGACCGCUCGACCGGGACCGACAAGCCCGGCGCGAAGUCCACCACCACCACCAAGAACUCUUCUACAAGCUCGUCCAGCCGCUCCUUUAUCCAGUUCCUGUACUCAUCCUCCGAGGAGGCAUCUGGGUCGGUCUCCAUGCCGCCGCCUGCGGUAAUCGCGUCCAAGCUCGAAUCGAUCAAGAAUUCGCGCCGGCGCCAGCGUCAGCUUGAGCAGGGAACUGGCGGUCCGCCCGCAGUCCCGGUGACGAACGGGACCGAGCCGGCCGCGGACGAGCUGCGGGACGAGAUUGUUGUUCGCUGGGAGCAUGUCGAGCGCUCGCUGGCGUCGACGCGCUCGUCCCUCAGCCAGGCAGAACGUCGUCGCUUCCAGGCGAUAUACCGCGAGUUCGUGGUGGGUCGCAAUGGCGAAAUGCCCAACGGCGAAGCGGGGAAUGAGAUCGGGGGCCGGACGAGCUUGAUGUGA